UAUAGUCACAUCCUGGCUGCCGUAGAGGAAAUGUAGCUGCUCUGCACAACUGUUGCAGUACAGUAGGUUGUUUAUAUGAUGAUUGGUCAAAUAAGCAACAGCACAGUUGUUUUUUAUCAACAACAAAAAAACUGACCAGCAGUUAUUCAGAUUCAGCACUAUGCUUCAGAGGAAACCGUCAAAUGUCUCAAACAAAGACACGAAGAGCAAGACAAAACCAAAGCGCUCCACCAGUUUUGGCCGAUUUGACUCACUCAGACACCAACCAGCCCCAGUGAAGCCAGAGGAAAAUGGAGGUGCUUUGUCUGCAGAGGGAGAGCAGGUUAAUAGUGGUGACCAGACCAGAUCAGGAGGUAUAGGCAAGAAGAUGAAGGCCAUCUCACUGACGAUGAGGAAGAGGAUGGGCAGGCAGUACGCUAAAGCCCUGUCAGAGGAUAUGUGCGACGAGACGGAGAGAGAUGAAGAAGGAGAAGGGGAUGUUGUUUACGGCGUCCAUUCAUUUCCAAAAGGACACAGAAAGUCCAGUCACUCUCUGGAAAGCCUCUACAGUCUCAAUAGUGGACAAAGCUCCUCCAGUGGGGUUACCAGUGGGUCAGACGGCUCCAGUAACAGAGACAGUCUGAGGCUGGAUGAGGAGCUGCCCCUUUCCUACACAGGCCAGUUCUGUGGCAGAGCCCGGGUCCACACUGACUUUGUCCCCAGUCCCUACGACACUGAAUCACUCAAACUUAAGGUAGGGGAUGUGAUUGAGAUCAUCAGCAAACCUCCUAUGGGGAUAUGGACAGGCAUGCUGAACAACAAGGUGGGGAACUUUAAGUUCAUCUACGUAGACCUCAUAGUAGAGAAGGUUCCUGAACCGCCUCAGAAGAUGACACACAGGAGGAGCAGGAGACCCCGGCCCAAAACGCUACAGGAACUCCUAGAGCGCCUCAAUUUGGAGGAGUAUGCCUCCUCCCUGCUCCUUAAUGGGUACCAGACAGUAGAUGACCUGAGGGAGCUGAAGGAGCAGCAUCUGGUGGAACUCAAUGUGACUGAUUCUGAACACAGACAUCGUCUGAUGGCUGCCGUCGAGUGCCUCCAAGAACCCCAAAGUGAUGGUCAGAAGGAGGGAGAGUUAAACAAGGAAGCCAAUUCCCCAACUGAGAGUAUUAAAGCCGACCUGAACUGCCCCAGAGACUCUGGCUGCUACAUGCCUUCUGACUGCUCAGACAACAGCAAGGAAGAGACAGACAUCCACGUGCCAGCACUGCACCAUCAUUCUCCCAUGGCUCAGACCUAACUGCCACCAGCAGAUAGACACUCCUAAGGGUCUUUCAGAAAAACUAUCGAUGUGGAUCCAUGCAAUAAUUGUCUCAUGCGAUAGACCCUUUACGUAGGACAAGAGCACUCCUCUUUGCUUUCAUACUGCAUUCAGUAUCAGUAGCCUAUGUGGCUGGCAUUGCAGUUGUUAUGCAUUAACCCACUAUUUGCACAUAAUUUCAACCCAAAAAAUCUGUGAUGACAGUGAAUCAACUUCUAACCUAAAUCCAAUGACAAUGUUGAUUUUAACGUUAAAUUCACAUUAGUUGACAACUCAACCAAAUGUAAAUCAAAACUAGAUGUUGAACUGAGGUCUGUGCCCAGUGGUUAUCUACUGUACACCAAAGGCAGACCAGGCAUUUCCUGAGUUGGCUUGGGUGCUGGUUUGUAAUUGUUGAUGAUGUAUCCCAAGCCUUUACAGUUAUUCCUCAAGUCUCGUGAGUCAUCCUGUCAUUGGACCUGUGAAAUCAUUGUAGUAGGCUAGGCUUUGUUUUUAGCAUAAUAUGCAAUGUCAACAUUACUGUGUGUGGGUGUACAGUACAUUUUCAGAGGUGCAUGUGGAAGAGGGAGAUAUUAAAUGAGGGUCUAAAGCAUUUUUCUACUGUAUCUCAGAUUUAUGGUAUUAUUGAACAUUUUGUUAGUGAUUUGAGAGUUAGCAGCUUACUGACAGUUUUUUGAAAGCUCUCCUUCAUUCUAGCAGUUGUUUUACCAAUGUACCAAUGAAACGACUAUGAAAUGCAAUAUUUUUCCAAAAAUAAAGUAUUAUAAUUUUCUGCA